AUGGCUCGUGCCCGCACCCCUCUCACUGCUGUCCUGGCCCUCGUGGUGGCUGCCGUCGUGCUUCGUCGCCUCAGCCCGGACUUCGUCCCCCCUCCCCAGGCGGUCGCGCGCAUUGAGCUGGACCAGGCCACCGGGGCCGUGGUGGCUGCCGGCCUGGCGGCCGUCUCCGCUCCUCAGCCGGCCCUGGCUGCUCGCGCCUCUGACGAGGACGACGAGGGCUUCGACGUCCGCAUCCUGGCCGUGCUGGCGUUGCCACUCUUUGCCAUUUCCUGGGCCCUCUUCAAUGUGUGGCGCGUGGCCUUCCGGCAAGUGGUGCGCAUCGGCGAGAGUGCCAAGGAUGCUUGCCUUGGAACAUCGCCUUCCCCCCCAAAGCAAGUGAAUCUAUCCAUCGAUCUAGCUGUCUUAUCUCCAGACAUCGUAGUGGUCUUGGUCCUCGCGGUCGUCGUGACGCUCUUUCACCGUUUGUACAUCUAUGUUGGCAACAUCAUGCGGAGAUACGCGCCUACAUAA